UUUUGAUUGUAAAAAAGAACGGCAGAGUUAAUUUAAUGCAGCGCUCAACAUUUUUUCGAUACAUGUGAAGAUAUUACAUCUUACAGUUUGAUAAACAGCCGAGGGAGAGAUUGCUGUCACAAAAAUGUGAUUAGAAGAUUGCAGAGCGUACGUGCAAAUCCGCGGAGUUGAUUCGUCAUAAAGAUCGGCGAGAGAUCUACAACUUACUUCAUCGCACGGUCGUACUAUAACAGCCGUACGCUAUUGAUUAGUGGUGCACAAGCAACACAUUUUUUAGGCUUCACCACACCCCUUGAGGGAGUUCACUUUGAGUAUACUCUGUCCCCUACUCUGCUUAUACGCGUUGUACAAGCGUAAGGAAAAGAAAAAAAACCCUCGAAGAAAACGGAGGACGAGGAAACGCCGAGGAGUCGCCGCGCAGUUAACUCGAAUGCGAACGAACUUCCUGUCGACGGAACUUGAACAUCGUAUCGCGCGUUUCGCGUGCGAUUAAUUCAAUCGUACCCGACCUGUCGGCUUCCCUCGGCGGACCAGUAGUUCUCGCAUAGGGAUGGAUUUGAACGAGGAGGACGAGAGCGGAAACGAGAGCGGCAGGCAGCUAUUUCUGGUCGGCGCGCCGCGCGAUCCGCUGGUGUCAGCCGGUGCGAUUGUAGCGUCAUCGACGAGUGUCCCCGACGACGUCAACCAGGGUGACGAUCUGCAGUCGACCGCCCUGACCGGUCUGAUCGGCGGCGCGCAAUCCACCUCCGUCUGCUUUCCUACGAAAUUCACGUAUGAUUUCUCGACUAGUCCUGAGAGCGAAGAGAGACCGUCCUGCGUCAUCGGCAAGAGGAAGCAGCGUAGAUACCGCACCACAUUUUCCAAUUUCCAGCUGGAGGAAUUGGAACGUGCUUUUCAGAAGACUCAUUAUCCCGACGUGUUCUUUCGGGAGGAACUCGCAGUUCGUAUCCAAUUGACCGAAGCUAGAGUGCAAGUGUGGUUCCAAAAUCGAAGAGCGAAAUGGCGCAAGCAAGAGAAGCAGUGUAAGAUCGCAACUCAUAUGACAUCGUCGCACUUACCACCGUCGGACUGUCAAGAGAUGCAGCAGCAACAGCAGCAGCAACACCAGUCGCAACACUCGGAUCACCUGUUAUUGGAAUCACCGUGUAGUCCAAUAUAUCUCGGCAUGGAAUGGGCAGGUUUCUCUCCUUAUAACAACACGGACAGCGCAUCGUCUCUUAUCGUGAACAACAUGAACAAACCGACGGAGACGGAAGCUGACAGUAAUCCGCUGCUCGAUCCCGACGUGCUACAAUUAAAGCCUCCACGUUCCUAAUAAUAUUAAAAGUACAUAUAGCAUAACAUAUAUUAUUUGUAACCUGGAUAACAUUCCAUGCUUUCGGAGCAGUUACGCGAUUUACUAUAGUAACCAAGAUAACUUGCAAUAUAAUUUUAACCAGAAACUGUGUGUUGCGCGUAAAGCAUGAGAAUUCGCGAAGGCUGCUGCUUAUCGACCAAGGAAUGAAAUUUUUAUGACGAACGUAGGAUUUUAGCAUUAAUGAUUGCACGAAGGUGCAUAUAAUAUUAUUUAAGAAUGACCGUGCGGGGCCUUAUUAAAUAUUAAUAAUCCAUGAUUCGUCGACGAGAAGUUAUACCGCGAUCAUAUUCUUGAAUUAAAGAUGAGUGUAUACAUUUUGUAAGAGAAAAGAUGUAUAUAUAUAUAUAUAUAUAUAUAUAUAUAUAUAUAAUGGAUUGCUCUA